CAGCUUCAUGGAGGCCGGGCAGUUGCAAAGGUAACUGGCUGGCUGUCCAGGGGAGGGCCAGGUGAGUCUCGGUGGAUGUGGCACCUGGACUUUGACAGUCUCCACGAGGAGAGGAGACGACACUCUUGGUCCAGGCUGCUGGAGCUGCACGAAAGGCAGGUGGAAGGGCGUCCGGGCAGGAGUGGGAGCAAGAGAACUGGCUUCUAUCAGAAUCUUUCGCCUGAAAACGGUCCCCCGUGGUGAGAAAAUAGGGGGUGAGACGGAACUGAGGUGCUGCCCCGACAGGAGGGGCUCCCGGAGCGGGAGCAAGGCCUGGCGCACAUGUGCCUUCCUGUGGAGACGCCGGGUGCAGGGAGAUGAAGUAACUACACAACUGACUUUAAACAAGAGAGAAGGUCAAAAGGUCGGGGAUGGAGCCUGGGACUCCCCAGUGGCCGCCACAGCCUCGGGGGAGGCCCCCAGCCCAGUCACAGGGUCCAGACCACGGCCUUCGGAGAGACGGGUAUCUUCAGCCUGCCGCUCACCCUUGGCAUGGUGGAGAGAGGUUCCGUCAGUGGCAAGAUGUCCGCAGGAGCCCCCAGCCACAGAGGGACCCUAGGGCAGACCGGCAGCAGCCCCAUUACAUGCCCAGGCCUGUGUCCGGGGGCGACUAUUAUGAAGGUGGCCAUCCCCAUCAGCUCUGUUCAUGGCCUGGUGCUGAGGACCCGUAUCUGAGCUACCACCCUUCAGCUUUAAGGGAAGAAUAUGCUUACGGAGGUUAUUACUACCGAGGACACCCGCAGCAGCAACGAGAAGAAAGAGAGGGUGCAGUGCCAAGGCAAGCGAGCCCUUACUUCUGGUCCGAAGAUUAUCGAGAUCCAAAGUACCUCCGUGAGCAUCACCGUGAAAACCAGGAGAGUCCACUGGGGACGCACAGUGCGACCCCAUUCCAAUCUCAGAGUGGGAACCUGUACAAAGACAGCCCUGCUCCGAACUCUGGACAGGAGAGGCCUGGGGACUUCUUUCCGGAGAGUCUGCUCACUGGGGCCCAGAAGAAUAAGCCACUGCUGACCAGCGAGUCCAACCUUCUGCAACAGCAGGAAUCUGGCCUCAGCUCCAGCAGCUACGAGCUCAGCCAGUACAUGGCAGAUGCCUCUGAGUCCCACCACCCCGUGGCUUCGGCAGCCUGGAGACCAAUUCAGGACGAGGACGUCUCGGCAGCUGGUUCCAAGGCGCCCAUGAAGUUCUACAUCCCCCAUGUGCCUGUGAGUUUCGGGCCAGGAGGUCACCUGGUGUGUGUGUGCCCCAGCUCUCCCAGGGAAGGGCAAACGGCCCUGGUCGAACUGCACAGCAUGGAGGUUAUUCUUAAUGAUUCUGAGGAGCAAGAGGAGAUGAGAACUUUCUCAGGACCCCUGAUCCGGGAAGACGUCCACAAGGUGGACAUCAUGACGUUUUGCCAGCAGAAAGCAGCCCAGAGCCGCAAGUCCGAGACCUCAGGGAGCCGAGACUCCGCUCUGCUGUGGCAGCUGCUGGUUCUCCUUUGCCGGCAGAAUGGGUCCAUGGUGGGGUCUGACAUUGCGGAGCUGCUGGUGCAAGACUGCAAGAAGCUGGACAAGUACCAGAGGCAGCCGCCUGUGGCCAAUCUCAUCAGCCUGACGGAGGAGGACGACAAGCCGGUGCUCAGUGUGGGGACCCGGAACCUGCUCACUGGGGAGAUUCCCCCCAGCGUGGAGACGCCCGCCCAGAUCGUGGAGAAAUUCACCAAACUGCUCUACUAUGGAAGGAAGAAGGAAGCCUUGGAGUGGGCCAUGAAGAACCACCUGUGGGGCCACGCUUUGUUCCUGUCCAGCAAGAUGGACCCCAGGACCUACAGCUGGGUCAUGAGUGGCUUCACCAGCACGCUGGCGCUCAACGACCCGCUGCAGACCCUCUUCCAGCUCAUGUCCGGGAGGAUCCCCCAGGCAGCCACGAGUUGUGGGGACAAGCAGUGGGGAGACUGGAGGCCUCACCUGGCGGUGAUCCUGUCGAAUCAGGCUGGGGACCCGGAGCUGCAUCGGUGCGCCAUCGUCACCAUGGGGGACACCCUGGCCGGGAAGGGGAUGGUGGAGGCAGCUCACUUCUGCUACCUCGUGGCUCGGGUGCCUUUCGGCCACUACACGGUGAAGACAGACCAUCUGGCCCUGCUGGGCAGCAGCCACAGUCAAGAGUUUCUGAGAUUUGCAACCACGGAGGCCAUCCAGAGGACGGAGAUCUUCGAGUACUGCCAGCUGCUGGGCCGCCCCCAGGCCUUCAUCCCUUCUUUCCAGGUGUAUAAGCUCCUGUAUGCUUCCCGGCUGGCAGAUUUCGGCCUUGCGUCCCAGGCCCUGCAUUACUGCGAAGCUGUUGGCAUGGCCCUGCUUAGCCAGGGAGAGAGCAGUCACCCGGUGCUGCUGGUGGAACUCAUCAAGCUAGCGGAGAAGCUGAAGCUGUCCGAUCCUCUGCUGUUAGAGAGACGCCGCGGGGACCGGGACCUGGAGCCCCCCUGGCUCGUGAGCCUUCGGAAGCUGCGCAGGGAGCUGGAGCACAAGGUAGCAGGAGACACUGGGGAACCCUGUUCUGCUCACUCGGAUGUUUCGGGGGCCCGAGGGACAACAGAGAACGCUUUCUACCACGAUCUUUCGGGACAUCGAGGUGACUCGGAAGCCACUGCGGACCCUGCAGCCCCGUGGUUGACAGUGGAACCCACGGGCCCGGUCCGGCCGGGCCCCCAGCAGCCCUUUCCACUCCAGCCAGACUCCUACGCAGCAGGAGGAGACUGGGGACAGGCUGGGGUCCCGGUGCCUCUUUACUCAGUUCCGGAGACCCACCUGCCGGGGAUCAGUGGUGGCUUGGCUGUGACAGAGGCUCCCGGAGGCAGGGCCUGGGAGGAGGCCCAUGGAACACAGCUGCAUCCUGGAGAGGACACAGGGUCUCCAGACACUUCCCAGCAUCCCGACGGUCCAGAGGUGGUUUCCGAACCACAGGUGCCACUGCUUCCCAGGACACACGACAUUUCCGAGAGCGCCACCGUUUCGGCCAAGGAGGAAGAGGAGGAGGAUUCUUCUGAUGAAGCAGAUAAAAAGUCUUCCCAUCACACUGCAGAGAGAGCCAAGAGCUCAGGGUUUGGCUGGUUCGGCUGGUUUCGCUCGAAGCCCACCCACAGCGCAUCCCCCUCCGGAGAGGAAGACUCCUCAGACGGCCCCAACUCGGAGCAGGAGACCCCCAGCGCGUCUCCUCCUCCUCGCCAGGCUGGCCCAGGCCUCUCACGGACGCCUCUCCCAGAGCCCCCGUCUUUGCCAGGCACUGGCACCUUCUCCGGGGCCACAGGUGGGGGUGAAGUCCAAGGACCAGCGCCCGGUGGAGGAACAGCCGAGGUCACUGGGAUUGGAGGCUUGUCUGGGCCACAGGGUGUGUCCUCUGAGCACUACUUCAGCCCUGGUGCCCUGCCCCCCCCACCCCCCACGAGAGGGGCAGUUCCUCUCUACAACCCAUCUCAGGUCCCCCAGCUGUGCACAGCUCCGAGUGUGAGCCGGCCGAACCGCCUCGCUCAGCGCCGCUACCCGACCCAGCCGUGAGGAACGACCUCCCCCGGGCACAGCGUUGACGUCACUCUCCGUUCUUCAUCUCCCAGCCCUUGUCAGGGCCCCAGGAGGGUCGUGCUGGCCUGUUGCCUCCACGGGGUAUGGAGAAGGCAAAGGGGCAGGCUCCCGAAGUGUCCAAUUCAGUCCAGUCUUUUAAGAUCAGCUUCACGCAACAGAAACGACUCCAUCAGAUGGAAAAACUGGGCAUGAUCGCAGACGGGAGGGGAGCAGGGAGCAGGGUGCCAUCCAUGGGGCAGCUUAGAGGACGGUGUCUUCAGAUUCCCAGACAAGUCAGGGCCUGGGGACACCACCACUGGAGUUAGCGAGGACCCCACUGGGCUCCGCAGCAGGAAUUCUGGGGCAGGGCACUCUGAGCCAUGUCCUGGACUAAUCUGACUUCUUCCUCAGGUUCGGUUAUGGACCACGGAUUCAUGGCUGUCCUUAGCCAACGUUCUUAUACUAAAACUUGAUGACUCUUGUCAUAAUUCCCUUUUCAGUGGCAUUUCAGCAGUUUCCCUGUUGGUCCUCGUUUUGUGCACAUUUUUAGGCGGUUCAGAUUAAUUAUAUUUCUCUCACUUUCUUAGCGGGUCCUAUUUUUUCACAUUCUGGCAUCUGGCUAUCAAGUUAGAUUGCUGUAGGCAUCAUAUUGUCAUGGCAACUACUGAACCUAAUGAUGCAGAUGGAUGGAGCGUCAGUCAAAUAAAUGAUGGAAAACACUUUCUAAAAAUUCACCCCUUCCCUAGGAGAGGAGGGGUGAGUGCGUGACGUUGUGUAUCCCUCGCUCCCUGCCUCAGACCUUUGCAAGUUGAUGUUCGGAGGGUCGCUGGAGAGAGAGGGAGGAGGGGGACAUCUUGGAGAUUUCUGUUCCUUUUCUUUUAGACCCCAAAUGGAAAGGCCUGGUUCUGUUGGUCAGAUUUGCGGAGACUCGAUCCCCCUAAAGAACAUUGUUUUUGUCCGUGUGAUGGUGUGUCCAGGUUUUGUGCUGCAAAGUGCUACACUUCUGUGGGCGGUGAUUAAACCUGAGGAUUUUAUAGCAAAUGCUCGUCCAUGGCACAUUUCGUGGUGUCUUCCCUGAAGUCUUUGCUAGUAACGGUUCCACCGUGGGAAAGGCGUGAAGGGCUGGGGAGAGCCCUUUGUUAACGAGAAUCUAGGCCCCGAUCUUCUUAACUUCCAAGUCCACUCUUAUGUCAUCCAUUUUUUCAGUCGGGGAAAAUAGGAACAAAAGUUUCUUCAGUGAAAGGAGUUGCUUCAUUAAUUAACCCUUGCAUAGUCUGUCUUCUGACAAGUCUGUUCUUUCAGAUUAAAUGAGGAAAUUUGUGCCUCAGGGUUUUGCAUCCAGAGGGGCCUUGGUAAACGCGGUUCCCUUCUUAUGAAAAGAGGGCUGCUUCUUUGGGGCGGUACCAUUGCCGGCACCCGGGGGCGGAACGGUGGUGGGAGUGGGUGGCUUCGGCAGAGUCAGACACUUAGACUUGCAUCCUGGCUGGUGCACAGUUCUCCCUGUAACCUGGGCCAAGUUACAUGUGCUUCUCUGUAACACGAGGGCGAUAAUCACCACGGUACCUACCACACUGGGACACUGGAAGAAUUCAGUGAGUCAAGCUCAGAGAAGAGUACCUGGUACAUGCUAAGCAUUGCACUUGUAUAAGUGUUUUUUUUUUUUUAAACUAAUUAUCAGUGUAUACUCAGUAAGUUAAAUCUUGACUGUCUUGUUGCCCACUGGAUUAAACUGUGGACUUUUCAUUCUCGAUGUAGCCAUAUCACAGGAAUAAUAUUUAAAAACUACUCAAAAUGUGUCCUUGUUACUAAGCUGGUUUCUCUCCCUGUGUCCCACCUGCCCUCAGUCAGGGCUAGGUCUGUGGCUUAGUGUCCCAGGAAGCAGUGACGUAGGGGUGGUCCCGCCCCAUGGAAAGGAGCGCUUUCCAGGAGGAGAGUGGGGACCCAAGAGAAGGGCCAGGACAUUGGAUGCCUGUGUCCCCACUUUCUCCUCCCGUUGGGGUUAUAAAUGGAAAAGCAGGGCCUGGAGUGUAAACAAAGCCGGCACUGAACUCGGUUAUGUCCCAGGUAAAGGGAACAAAUUUGCUGAGGGGGAACGCCAGGGGCUUCAUACACUGGAAAGGGCGAUGUCAGGGUACAUAUGCUGAUUCUGAUCGAAGGCUUGCACUGUGGCCGUCACAACGCACCUGCUCAUCCGCGGGGGGCUGAUUGAAACGGGCCCUGUUGUUCAUUGGCCAGGAGAGAGCCCUCCGCUGGGUCCAGUAGGGGCCUGACAACCCAGGGUCACCCAGAGGUCUUAGCUGUUUAUUAGCUUUUCGUGGUGCUGCUGAUGUGGAUGAGGUUGCUGAAGGUCAUGAUCAUUUUACGGCUUCUGCUGGUUAGAACCAGUUGUGCUAAAACAAAGCAAGUGCAGCUGGAAGAGAAAAAUAUUAUUUUAUUUCUUUGUGAGAGGGAAGUGUGGGGAGGAGACCAGGUCAUGGUGGGCAACUGCUGCUAAAAAUGGGGGCCCAAGAGCACAGGGCUGGUGGUGCCUUUCCUUGUCCAGUGCUUGGGAGAGGCUGCCGGCCUCGAGGAGAAGCCGGCGUGCGCUUGGCAUCUCUUGUCCAGGGCGGUUUGGGAGCCCCCGCAGCUUGGCCUUGGGGGUGAUGGUGAUCUGAGGCAGGGCCUUAGCUCUCUGCAGCCCAGGGCAUGUGGGCUCCUGUAGGGAAUGAUUGACUGUACAGUGUCCCCAAGGGUCCCAGGGACCACGGGGGCCCCAGCCAACACCGGGUCAGGGCAGGGCCAGACCAGCCACCCAGAAAGACUAGGGCCCACUCCAUCGCCCUUCACUGUGAGCCAUUUUGUGAAAAGAGAAGACAUAGAAUUCUCUCUUAAAAAUAAUUACCUAAAGACACUGUUUAAUAGGGGAAGAGACAGCGAUUAGUAACCGGCAAGUCUGUUUUGAUUCUCCUGCUCCUCACUGGGCUGUGUGUGGUCUUGGAGGAAGAAUAGCUUCAGGAAAUAAAGAUGGGACAUUUUCCUUAAAAAAAUGGAGUGGUAACGUGCAAAUUUGCAAUUCUGCUAUAGACAUACAAUUUAAUAUUUAUAUGAAAGCAUUUAAACUUAACGCGUUCAGUAAUUUGGAAGGGAACAAACCAUUAAAUUCCAUUUAAGUGUCUUUAUCACGUAUAGCCAUUCCAGCCUGCUGUCCAGUCCCCUGCCAGGGCAUAAACUGUAAACAAGCCAAGAGUCCUCAGUCCCUGAUCCUGCAUGCAGUCCCCUAUCCAUCUUUGUCUUCACUUGAGCCUCAGGUCGCUCCAGAUCAAAGGUUCUGCUGGCGUCCCCCCGCCCCCCUUAGGAAUCUUUUUUUCUUU